AUGGUGAAAGCAGGAGAGGGGUCGGAUUCCACGAAGACUGGCCCGGAUCGCUCCAAGUGGACACAGAAGAAGCGAGUGAGCUCGAAGCACUAUGAAGGCAUCAUGAAAGAAAUCAACGAGGGCAAGGGUCCCCUGGUGCACUCCGCCUCGGGCAAGAGGCGAGACGCGCCCGCCAUCCGCCCUUCAAGCAAUCCGGACGCUGAAGCACAGUCGGGAUCGAGGGGCAAGCUGAUCGACGUCGUGACGUACAAUCCUCUUUUCCACAUAAUGCCAUCCAGGCAAGGGGAUGAAAACGUCCAAAGGGCGGACUACGCCUUCGGCGACCGGCCCAGUUACACAAUUGCCGAAGACGGCGAGGACGACGUGGAGAUGUCCCUGGGGUCCGAGCAGAGCUUCAAGUCGCUGGCUGAGUUGGCUGAGUUCAGUCCAAGGGACGGUCGCCUGUGGCCACGCGCUUGA